CGGUGGCGAGCCCCUCACAAGCCCGAGGGGUUCUGCGCGUUGCCUGUGCGCGCCCGGCUGCCUGGAGGGACUUGACUGGAGCGGAGGAGGCCGGAGGAGGAGAGACAAAGUCCCGCAGGCAGAGGCGGGACGGGGCUGAAGGGGAGGCGGAACCGGCGGCGGCGGCGGCGAGGAGGGGGGGAGGGGGAGAUUUGGGAUCCGCUCUCUGCCGCCGCCCCCCCUUCCCAGUGGCUGAUUCUCUGAUUCCGCCUCCCCCUUUUGCGGAUCUGACUGAAAGGAGAGAGGAGGAGGGAGGGGGGGCCGAGGCAGGAGGGAAUUUCCCCCCCCUUUUGCACAGGGGCGCCUCGGUGCUUUUUGUUGUUGGCUGCCUGGGUCGGAGGCGGCGAAGAAGGGAAGGGAAAGGGAAAGAGCGGAGCGGAGCUGGGCGCCCUCAGCACCCGCCAGAGCCGCCGCCGUCGCCGCCGCCGCCUCCCCAUUGCUGGGAGAUGGUGACAUAUGAAGCGCGCUGGCAGGACCAUGGUUGAAAGGAACAGCAAGUUCCUGCUGAUCGUGGCGGGCUCGGUGUGCUUCAUGCUCAUCCUCUACCAGUAUGUGGGGCCGGGCUUGAGCCUGGGGUCGCCGAGCGGCCGCUCGUACCAGGACGAGCUGGACCUUUUCCCCACGCCGGACCCGCACUACGUGAAGAAGUACUACUUCCCCGUGCGGGAGCUGGAGCGCCAGCUGGCCUUUGACAUGAAGGGCGACGACGUGAUCGUCUUCCUCCACAUCCAGAAGACGGGCGGCACCACCUUCGGGCGGCACCUGGUGCAGAACGUGCGCCUCGAGGUGCCCUGCGACUGCCGGCCCGGGCAGAAGAAGUGCACCUGCUAUCGGCCCAACCGGAGGGAGACCUGGCUCUUCUCGCGCUUCUCCACCGGCUGGAGUUGCGGGCUCCACGCCGACUGGACCGAGCUCACCAACUGCGUGCCGGGCGUCCUGGACAAGCGGGAGAGCGCCGCGGCCAAACCUCCCAGGAAAUUUUAUUAUAUCACUUUACUGAGAGAUCCUGUGUCCCGUUACCUCAGUGAAUGGAGACAUGUCCAACGAGGAGCUACCUGGAAAACAUCCUUGCACAUGUGUGAUGGCCGGACACCAACCCCUGAGGAGCUGCCAUCAUGUUAUGAAGGCACAGACUGGUCAGGCUGUACUCUUCAGGAGUUUAUGGAUUGCCCAUAUAACUUAGCCAACAAUCGCCAAGUGAGGAUGUUGGCUGACCUGAGCUUGGUGGGUUGCUAUAAUAUGUCCUUCAUACCAGAAAACAAGCGAGCACAGAUACUGCUGGAGAGCGCAAAGAAGAAUCUCAGAGACAUGGCCUUUUUUGGUUUGACAGAGUUCCAGAGGAAAACGCAAUACUUAUUUGAGAGAACUUUUAAUCUGAAAUUCAUCCGGCCAUUCAUGCAGUACAACAGCACAAGAGCAGGUGGAGUGGAAGUGGACAACAACACCAUCCGUAGGAUUGAAGAACUUAAUGACUUGGACAUGCAGCUGUAUGACUAUGCAAAAGACCUCUUCCAACAACGAUACCAAUACAAGCGGCAGCUGGAGAGAAUGGAGCAGAGGAUAAAGAAUCGGGAAGAGAGGCUUCUUCACCGGUCGAAUGAGGCACUUCCCAAGGAAGACACUGAAGAACAAGGACGGUUGCCUACAGAGGACUACAUGAGCCAUAUUAUAGAGAAGUGGUAGCCUUGGCAAAAUUUUAUACUGAGAACACGAUCUUGGGAAUUUCCAUAAUAAAAGAACAUGGAAUUUAAAAAGAAACUCUUAUUUAAAAACAGUCUGUAAAACAGAAAGUAGAAUGCUUCUUUAAACAAAGGGUCUUUUUACUGUUUCUUAUAAGACCAGUGGGGUUCUUAAUAAAAUAAAAUAAAAUAAACAAAAAAAAUUAAAAUAAAAGAGUCCAUCCUAGAAAGCCCAGAGUUUAAAAUGCACAAUGUAGGUUCCCCAGCUCUGAGGCCAAAUGCAGCAAAAUGUUUUGUAGCCUCGUAGGUGCAAAUCUAGAGGCCAUGGAUAGUCGCUUUGUAACCACUGUUCUCUCUCAGCGACAAUAAUUUAAUCCUGAAAAUGUUUUCUCCCUUGCUCGUGUGAGGUUUUCAAUGGUGAAAGUCAUAAUAAUGGCAGUGUUUCCAUCAGACAGUGACUUCACUCCAGAUUCAGAUGCUUGCGUUCAAAUGGAAGCCAAGUUUAAAAGAAAAGAACAUGAUCAAAACAAGCUAAUGGAAAAGGAAAAGCAGAUCAUGAGAAAUAUUCAAGCAACAAGUCUAUAGUCUGUAUCACCUACCAAGCACAGAAGUUUCAAUACAUGACACUUGUGUCUUGCAAGCAUACACUCACACUGCAUUACCAAAACUACUGCUGAAUUUGUGCACAAGUAUUCUCAGCCUUCACCUCAUCGGCAGCUGUCCAAAACCUAUGCUAAUCCCACAUGAAAUCAGAAAUGCAGGUGAUCUUAUUUCAUGUUCACAUAAAAGUCUUUGUAUAGAGGGAUAUUAUGUGCACCAAAUCCAUUAUAUUUUUAAAGGAGGUGGUCAGUUGAGGAAACAAUGAUUCAUGCAUAUACCUCUACCAUCACAUGGUUGGUUGGUUUCCUGCUGAUACUCACUUAUGCUCAAAAAUGGUCUUUGCAUCCAGUUGCAUCCAUUCACUUAGAGAUAAAUAUUAAUAAUACAUUAUGCUCGCUGUCUGGCAUUGCAUACUGUCCCUCAGCAGCAGUGAGUGUUUUAACAUAAAACGGUGAUCUCUUAAAUUCCAGGUAGGAAUCAGGCAUGUCAACACAAUCAACCCCUUUGAAAUUUAGUUUCAACAAAUGUUUGCUGGAUGGCAUUCGCUCGCUAUAGAAUUGCUGCUGUGUUGAACUUAAGAGGCACAACAUGUACCAUUGUGUUGCAGGCAGAGUCUGCCUUGGUUUUUUUUUAUUUUUGAGCAAAGCAUUAGUAUUUGGAAAACUGGAAAUCUUCACUGAUUCAAAACUUCAGGCUCCACUUCUGCCAGUCACUGUUAAUAGUUUAUUUCCUACAUAAUACAAGUUUCUGUUUGGAGAGCAUUUGAUCUUUUUCAUCCAAACAGAGCUUGAAAAACUUUCUUCUUUGACAUUUCCCAGAAUUGCCCAGACAGACUGACCAUGUUAGAUGGGAAAGUCUAGGAAUUAUAGUCCAAAAAAGUAACUUUACCAAGGUCUGAAUUUGAAGCAGAUUAUUUUUUUCAUUCUUUUUAUUGUUCUGGGAAUUGGUCUGAACGAGCAGAAGAAAAGCAAAAUCAAAUUACAUUCAGCGCCUUCUAUACUAUGAUGGCCUACUCCCUAGGAUGUUGGUGGUUAGACAAAGUCAGACUAAGCUGUCAACAAGCUUGAUUCCCAAAGGAUAUGCUCACUGCAUAUCACAGAGAGAACAGAAGAUACAGGAGAGAGAACAGGAGGGCUCCUAACGCUUGUUCCAGUAUGUCUUUCAGCAGUGGAGUUUCCUGUGGUUUGUAAUUUAUUUCUUUUUCCCUAGCUCCUGGGUACAUUUCUGUGUAUGUACACAGUUGCCAAAGAUUUGGAAUUCAAACUGAGGUGUGUUUUUCUUCCAGAAGGAAGUAGCCACAUCUUCACUAUGGAAGUCUGCCUAAUUUAAACACACACAGCUUGCUAUUUCUAAAUGUCGUCAACCAGUUGGCCAGUGAAAAUGACUUGGAGAAAUAAGAAAAAGAAACCCCAGGAAAAUGCUGCCCCACGCAGAUUCAAAAACCUGUCCAUUUGUCUCAGUGUUUGUCUGAUCGGUCCAAGAACCCAAGUGGUCCUAAUUACCCAUAUCCUGAAAAAUAAACAAAUGCUUAAGUAUUUCGCCAGAUCCAUCUUUUGGUCGCUGCUAGUGCUCUCCCUUCUAUGUAUGGUACCUUUUAAGUGAUUCUGUAAAGGCUUUCCCAUUCUCUGGGCUAUGCACAUCUGGUCAUAAAUAUGCACUUGAGGUUUAGGUAAAGAAAACUUGCAUCCUUCAAUUGUUUGAGCAUUAUUGGGGGGGGUAAAGACUUGCUAAAAAUCUUACAUUUAGGGAUUAAUGAUAAUUUGCUAGAAUUCUGGACACCUAUACAUUUUUGUAACUGAACAAACUUUGUUAAAAAUUGUAUUUCACCCUUUUUUGCCCACAUAAGUAUGUGAAAUAUAAGAAGCAGAUGUUCAAUAUGCAGAACAUGUAGCUUUACCCAAAGUCUUUCCACUGUGCAUUCAUACUUAUGGAUCUAUACUAUAAAAAUGAUUGCAGCUGUUAAUCCAUAUUCAUGGGGUGAAUACUAGGGAGCCUGCUGCGUCAUACUUUGUACAAUUGGUAGCACGCUCCAAGGGCCAAAAUAUAUUUCCACACAUUGUGUGGUCAAAGCUGAAAGCUAAAUAUUUAUUCUUUGUGCAACUAAUUUCUGCAACAAUCUGAACAAGGCUUCGUGGAUCAGCCUGGGGGAUCCGCAGAUCUCUGGGAACUGCAGCAGUAAUAAGCUUUCUCCAACAUUUCCUUUGUGUAAUAUUGUUAUAACUACCAGCUAAGGAAAUAAAACUACUGAAUAUUGUUAGCAGCUUCACUUCUAUCUGCCAAAGGAAGGUGAGUGUGUGUGUGUUAUCAUUUAUGCUCAGAUCUCAAUACUUGCAGCUGUGGAGGGGAUGGGAGUGGAUGAGCCUCAAUUUCACAUCCUAGCGCUGACGAAUUAUCAGAUAAGAGGUCAUUCCUUGCCAAUAGUUAAUCAUUCUUUGGACUGAAACAACCAGACAGUAUGGAAGGAACACUGAAUCAAAGUUUAGGGGGGAAAAUCCUUAUGGGGAACUGUAAUUCCCAUUAUUCCUCAGAAAGUGUGUCUACUAAGAGUUGUAGCCAUGGGCAUUAUGACCAAAAAAUAAUUUUUUCCAAAUUCUGCAGUAGAGGUAGAACUUAAAGACAGAGAAGCUAUGAUGAAAUGUAGAAAGCAAAAGAAACUCAAACUAUUAUGCUAAAUUAAUGAUAGUUUUGAGCCAUCAAGUCAAUUCUGACCGACGGUGACCAUUUUUAGGGGUUUCUCAGUACAGAAUACUCAAAAGUAGCUUACCAUUGGCUUCUUCUGGGGGUGCCCUGGAACUGUGCAGGUUGCC